GAGCCUGAGGCGCACGGAGGCAGGGUUCGAAGGGGAGGCCGCAGCCCGCCCAGACGCCACGGGCAAGGGGACGCUGGCUGGGAGCAGCGUGCGCGCGGGGUCCCCGCAGCGGGCCCGGGCUGGCGGGGGGUUCACGGCCUGGGUCACAGCCGAGCCGCAGCCGCUGAGCGCCACGUGAUGCUCGCUCCAGCGCCUGGCCAGCGGCCGCUUCCGACAGCCCCGGCAGUGGGAGCUGCGGCGGCCGCUGCCCAGGUGGGGAGAAGAGAGCAGCCGCCGCCUGGCCCCGCGGGCCGCCUCCCUGCUCCUCCUCCGGGCGGCUGGACCCACGCCCCGCUGCGGAGCGUGCACUGAAGGCGCUUUGCCAGCUCGCUCCGCCCGGCAGCAGGCGGGGGGCUGGACGAGGCGUCCCAGGGAGAGAUGGUCCCCGCAGGGUGACACGCGUGGAGAGUCCGGGCGGAGGAAGGGGUCGCCACAGCGGGGUGAGGCGCCCGCCCCCCCAAAAGUCCUGAGCUCGCCGCGAGCCCGGCUGAGUGCACUCGGAAAGAUCCACUGUUCAGAACAAGAUGUAUUCGCAUAAAUUUUUGACUGUGUUUCUGCACUUGGAUUUUAUUCGAAUGGCAGUUGCUCACUGUAUGGUACAUCAGAUUCCAGCAUCGAGCUUUAUGUUGCCUUGCCCGUCACCGAAUGAGACUUCUGUCAUUCCUUUGACUACUGGUGUUGUAGCGAGCAGUCCUGGGUUGCACGGAGAGCACGGAACUGCUGAAACCAACUCUCUGGUGCUGGUGGCUGAAGAGAGUUUCCUCUGUUGCCUUUGGAGUGAAACACACGCAAAUUGUUCUUCGUACACCGCAGGCAUGGAAACAAAGAAAUUUACUUUCUCAGAAAUAAGUAGCUUAACUCCUCAGCAAACAGAUUUAAGUUGGAACAUUCUAUGUUGGACUAAAGGAGACCUGGAACUGUUUGUUUGUAUCCUGAAAUUGUCUAACAAGAAGUCGUACUUGAAUGGAGAAGUUAAGAUUAAUCUUUCAUAUGUUCUAUCAGAGUUAUCAUUGGAAGACAUGUCUACAGAUUCUCUAAAAGGCAAUUUCAUGGUUACUCCCUGCGACUGCAAUGGGUCUGACAAGUACGAAUGUCACAUAUCUUCACUGAAACUCAACUACACUUAUAUUACAUGGUUAAACAUCAUAAAUGGGGUAACACUUCUUCAGUCACCUUUAAUGUCCGUCAGACCCAUAAAUAUUGUAAAGCCUGAACCUCCAUUGAACCUGCGACUAGAAAUGACAGACGAAGGACAGUUAAAGAUCUGUUGGUUCAACCCAGUAAUAACACCGUAUCCGCUUCAGUAUGAAGUGAAGUUUUCUGGGAAUGCUACUCAAAAUGCCUGGCAGGUGGUUGAGAUUGUCACAGAAACCUCCCUCAUCAUAGGCAAUGUACUGGUUGGUUCUUCAUAUUUAGUUCAAGUACGGUGCAAGAGUCUUCAUGGUCCAGGAUUCUGGAGUGAUUGGAGCACACCUUAUAAUUUAAAUGCAGAAGAUGUCAUGUACUUCCCUCCUAAGAUACUGACAAGUGUGGGUUCUAAUGUUUCCUUUCAUUGCCUCUAUAAUGACAAAAACAAGAUGAUUUUGUCCAAGAAGAUUGUUUGGUGGCUGAAUUUAGCAGAAGAAAUCCCAGUGAGACAGUAUACACUUGUGAAUGAUCGUGUUAGCAGAGUUACUCUUUUCAACUUGAAUGCAACAAAACCUAGAGGAAAAUUCUUCUAUAAUGCAUUGUACUGUUGUAAUCAAAACAGGGAAUGUCAUCAUCGAUAUGCUGAAUUAUAUGUAGUAGAUGUCAAUAUCAAUAUCACAUGUGAAACUGAUGGGUACUUAACUAAAAUGACUUGCAGAUGGUCCGCAAACACAAAUACAUUGCUUGUGGGGAGCUCUUUACAGUUAAAAUACUACAGGAGUAGUAUCUAUUGUUCUGACUUCCCAAGUAUUCCUCCAAAGUCCGAGGCAAAAGAAUGCCAUUUACAGAGGAAUCAUUAUUACGAGUGUACAUUUCAGCCUAUUUUUCUUUUAUCUGGAUAUACCAUGUGGAUAGAGAUAAAGCACCAACUAGGAACACUUGAAUCCCCACCAACCUGUGUCAUUCCAGCAGAUGUGGUGAAGCCGUUUCCUCCCUCUAACGUUAAGGCAGAAAUCACCAAGAAUGUUGGGCUGCUGAAUGUGAGCUGGACAAACCCAGCAUUUUCGAACAGCGAUCUUAAGUUUCAGAUUCGGUACUCUGUGAACAGGGAAGAAAUAUUAUGGGAGAUAUUUGAGGUUUCAAAUGCACCAACAAGAUCAGCCAUGAUAAAGGUACUGGACCUUUGUGUUGUAUAUAUUGUUCAGGUGCGCUGCAGUGGACUAGAUGGAUUAGGUUACUGGAGUGAUUGGAGUAAACCAGCGUAUACCAUUGUACAGGAUAUCCAAGCUCCCCUGAGAGGUCCUGAAUUUUGGAGAGUUAUUAAUGAAGAUCCCAUCAGGAAGCAGAAAAAUGUUACUUUAGUUUGGAAGCCAUUGAUGAAGAAUUACUCAUUAUGCAGUGUGUGUGGAUAUAUUGUAAAGCAUCACACUUCAGAAAACAUCACUUGGACUGAAUAUGUCACCAGUGGCACUCCCUGUACAUUCCCAUGGACUGAGGAUGCACACACCAUUACAGUGCUAGCUGUUAACUCAAUUGGAGCUUCCUCAAUGAAUUUUAAUUUAACUCUGUCGCAGCAAAUGAGCACAGUGAAUAUUGUGCAGUCACUCAGUGCUUAUCCAGUAAACAGCAGUUGCGUAAUUCUGACCUGGACACUUUCACCUCAAAUGUAUGUGAUAACGUCUUUUUUUCUUGAAUGGAAAAACCUUAAUGAGGAAGAACAAAUGAAAUGGAUACGAGUUGCUCCAAAUAUUAGCAAAUACUAUAUUUAUGAUCAUUUUAUUCUUAUUGAGAAGUACCAGUUUAGCCUGUACCCAAUAUUCCCUGAAGGAGUAGGCAACCCCAAAACAACUGAUGGAUUCAUCAAAGAUAGGAGUGAAAAACGGAAUGAUGCAGGCAUCUAUGUGAUUCUACCAAUAGUUAUUUCAUCCUUCGUUUUGUUGCUUGGAACUUUGCUGAUCUCGCAACAAAGAAUGAAGAAACUGUUCUGGGAGGAUGUUCCAAACCCCAAGAACUGCUCCUGGGCACAAGGAGUUAAUUUUCAGAAGAGAAUGGACAUUCUUUGAAGUCUAAUCAUGAUCACUUCCUGCUGAACCAUUGUGCCAGCUCCCAGACUUCAUAUACAGAAUUGUUAGAAGAUUUUUCUGUUUACAUUCAGAAGACAGGAAACACAGAUACAAUACAUGAUGAUUGAUUUAAAGAUAGUCCUGGAAAUAGUUUUGUUCAAAACUUAAGAUGCCCAUGCAAAAUCAGGAACAAUUGCCAUAUUGCAGCUUAGAGCAGGGUUUGCUACGCAUGUCGGCAAAAAUCUUGCUUUAAAUCACAUUUUUAGUGACCUGUUUAUUAAGGCUCUGAUUUGCAGAGGGCUGAACACUUUCAUCUCCUAGGCUUCAAUAAGAGAUGAGAAUGCCCAGCACCUAUGAGGCUGGAGCCAUAGAAACAGAAAUAUCAGAAUGGUCUGAGAUUCAGCUAGUUAAGUGCAAGACUUGUCCCAUUAUCAUCCUAAUAUAAUUCUUUAACAGAGUUAUUGGUUGUUUAGCCCAAGAACUAGCCUGAUUCUGAUGCUGAACAGCUUUGGGAAUUUCCACUGACUUCAGGCAUGUUGAGGAUGUGCACAGCACUCCCAUAAAGGUCAAUGGGAGCUGAUGACAUGCAUCUGAGUGCAGAAUUUAGUCCAAAGAAUUUGCAGAAAUAAUUCAGAGUGUUCAUUGUGCCGCAGUUUUCUGUGACAAGCACCAUUGUCCAUGUUGUGUUGUGUAGAUAGGUACUUCACUCACUAUCAUUUAAACACAAAGCUAUUAUCACAGCCACUUUAAUAAUAGUGUCUGACAUUAGAUGUGUGUGUGCGCGUGUGUGUGUACAAAUCUGUUGUUACCCUUAAUAUGGCAACUUCUGCUUAGUAUAAUCUCCAUUUAGCAUCGUUUCCUGUUUAUAGCUAACCUAUUAAAGUCUUUUUUUCUUUUUUGUUUGAAGUGUUGCUGUACUUUUAGAAUGCAAAGAAUAUCAUUUAAUAUUAAACAAAGUUCAUUGAAAUAUAUAAUAUAGGGCCUGAUCCAAAGCUCCCUGAAGUCAGUGAGACUUUUUCCAUUAGCUCCAUGGAGCAGUGGACUAGCAUCACAGUGCUGCUAUACUGACAAGGAUGGCAAAAAUGCCUUACAAUUUUGAAAAGUAUCAAAUAUGGAUGUAGGGCUUUGAACAAAGAUUUGCAUAUUGCUGGAGGAAGUGUGUGAGUGUGAGUAGCACAGAGACCUUUUUAUUUACUUAAUUAACUUAGCUAUAUAUAGAAAAGGAAACUUAUCACCACUGCCCCAAUAACUCACAUGUUGGAUCAGGGACUGUGGGCCUGAUUCUCCUCCCACGCUGGUGUAAAUCAGGAGUAAGUCCACUGAAAUCAGUGAAGUUAGACUAAUUUACAAACAGCCAAAGGAGAGUAAAGGAUUUAUAUUCCCAUGACAUUAUUCCAUAUUCUUAUGUCCUGUUGGGUUCCUAGCUAAGGAGAAAGAAGUUAUGCAUGUGAAUAUAAAGUGUUGUGACAAAUUUCUGUCCUUGCCUCUGUGGGUCCCGCAUUUCCUGGCAGAUUUCGCUAGCCUCAGAGGCUCACUGUGACCUUCUUCGUAACCCUUCUUUCUCUAGAGACAAGGAUCACAGUCUACUGAGCCAUUUUCAUCAUAAGCCAGCGAGGGAGGUGAGGAGAAGUUAUCCUUCCUUGCACAGUCUCUGUUGUCUCCCAGUCUCAGUGAUUAAUCAGGGGCAAAGCAGGGGGGGAGCCCAGGCCCACCCCCUACUCCAGGCUCCCACCCAAGGUCCCUAAUAGUAUCAGCUAUGGUAGCUGACCUUUUAGAAACGUGACAUGUACAAUUCCCUGGGCUACUUCCCCACAGCAGCCCUCACUUCCUCAAGCUCCACUUCACCCUUACCUCAGGGCCUCCUUCCUUGUGCCUGAUACGGUGUGUACUACUCAGCCUCUCCAACAGCACAACUUCCUCCCACAGCUCCUGACAUGCACACCCACCUGACUGACUGGGAGGCUUUUAACUAGUUUCAGCCACCCCCUGAUUGGCUUCAGGUGUCCCAAUCAACCUAGCAUUCUCCCUGCCUUCUGGAAAGUUCUUAAUUGGCCCCAGGUGUCUUAAUUGACCUGGAGCAGCUGCCAUUUCACUUAUCCUAUACCAGGGAUUUGUUUAGCCUGGAGCUAAAAUAUCUGUCUCCCACUACUUUUCUAUAGCCAUCUGGCCUUGCCCCGUCACAAUGUAUUGUGCUGAAUGGGAAAUUGAAGGGUCAUGUGACCUUUGACAGCAUGUACUGCAAUACAGUCUAUAUUUUAAUGCAUGCUUCCUUCGUACACUUUAUUAAUCUUAGUGAAAAAUGGGCCACAUGGGUAUGGUCUACAAUGCAAUAAAAGACUCAUGGCAUGGCUGAAGCAGACCCGGGUCAGCUCACUUGGGCUCGCAGGCCUUGGGCUGUGGGGCUAAAAAUUGCAGUUUAGGCAUUGGGCAAAGGCUGGAGCCCGGGCUCUGAAACCUUGCGAUGCAGGGGUGUCUCGGAGCCCAGGAUCCAGCCUGAGAGGGAGACUGUCUAUACUGCAACUUUUAGCCCUGCAGACCAAGCCCUGUGAAUCAGUCAAUUCACCAGGCUCUGAGACUCGUUAUUUUUAUUGCAGUGUAGACGUACCCAUACUGUCCUCAGAUGAGCACCAUUGUGUCUCUCUGAUUCCAUGUGCAUCCAAGGCCAUGGUCUAUACGCCUUUGAAAAUAGAAGGAAUUUAUGGAGCUGGGGCCAGAUUCUGCCCUCAUUUAUUUGAAUGCAAUUUCCAGUGGGAAAAACGAGGUGUAGAACUUGUACUGUAACUCUCAUUAGCUUUGAUACCCAUUGCCUGGAUAAAACUUCCACAUAGCAGCACUAGAAACCUCUAACAUCCUUAUGUCUGAAGCCAGGUGUAACUCUUAUUUUCUUUUGAUACGUCUGUCAGAAUGCAAGGUUAACUAGAGUCAAUAAUUGAUUACUAAUGUGUGUAUUUGAUAUAGUAUGUUCUGUGAUUGAUACUGCAAGGCUGUAUUUAUGGAGUAUUAGUUUAACAAAAUAUUAUCAUUUUUAACCAUUAAUGCAGUACAGCAUAGGAUGGGUAAAUCCUGCGUCUGUACUGUAAUAUUGCAAAAAUGUACACACGUGCUUAAUGUUAAGAUCAUGGAUGAUCCCACUGAUUUUCCAGUGAAAUGACUCUUGUACUUAAGGAUAAGGAUGUGAAUAAGUGUUUGCAGGAUUGGGUCAUAGGAUCUAAUCCUGCAGACCUUACUUAUCCAAAGCUCCAAAUGAUUUCCAAGGGAGAUAUGGCUGAGUAAUGACUAUGGCACUAUCCCUGAAAAGAUUUAUGCACAUGUUUAACUUUGCAUAGUGUGAGUAGUCCCAUUGACCUCAGUGGGAUUAUUCCCAGUGUGUAAAGUUAAGCAGGACCUAAGGACUGCAGGAUUGUGAGUGGAGCAUAUUUUGUAGUCUCCUUGUGUCUGGCAAAUGAGUGUGAAUUAAAUUUUACUCUGUGCCACCUAAGGCCAUGAGUAUUCCCUUUUGGUUUCAUAGAAUUAUGUUAACUGCUAUAAAAUAUUUUGCACAAAUCAUACGACACACAUGUUGAGAACAUAUUUUACAGCGAUAUUUACAUAUAUUACUCUGUCAUUAUUUACAUUAUAUUAUAGUAUUACAUCUUUCUCAGGAGAUUGUAUAUUCAUUGUAUUUAUAUAUUCAUCUAAUAUAUUUUACUUAGUGAUGUGUUUGAUUCAGCAGAAAGUGACCUUUGCUAAUUGAAAUGUCUAUUUUAAAAAGUGGUAUUUGAUCAUUUAAUUUUUGAUAUUUGAUAAAAUGUGAUCGGCAGUAUUCUUAAUGUGAUUCUGUAGAAUUCAUAUCCAGAGUUAUGCUUAUGCUUCAGAGCAUAAGUCAACCUUUAGUAAUUGGUGGUCAGAAAGAAACGUGCUUGCCGAGAGGUCCACAGCUGCCUACUGUGGGAUUUCUGCUCUGAAGUAUCUUGUACUGGCCACUGCUGAUGAGAGAAUACGGAACUAAAUGGACCAUUGAUCUGAUUCAUUACAACAGUUCCUACAUUCCUACCUGGAUUCAUAGGUGAUCUGCCUUAGAGAAGGAUAAAUUUCAGUAAGGGACAUUCAAUAUGAAUUAAAGACCUUGCUUGGUAUAUGCAUUGUAGCAACUGUCUGCAGCUCAUUUCAGUAAUCAGUUUGCUAAUUUUAAAUGUCAUAUUCACAGUACUUUUGAAGUCCAUGAGAGUUCUGAGCAUGCAAGCACUGCAGAAGCUAUCCCAAAUCAGCAUUUAGGCUACAAUUCAGCAAGGUACCAAAGCAAGUGUUGACAUUUAAAUGUGUGAGUAGUUUAAAAACAUGCUUAAAUACCUUGCUAAAUCAGGGCUUAAAUGCUAUGGUGAUGGCUAUUCUAGGUUAAACAAACACCCACGAGCCUAAGAUAGAUAAAAUUGUACCAUACCUUUUUAUAAUGUACAAUAGCCUAAGCAUUUUGAAAUUUGGAAUCAUUACUUUGGAAGGUUUCCUGCUGUGAUACAAUAUCUGUAUGGUUUGUUAACAUAAACACAAUCUGUUGUUUUUAACUAAUUAUUUUUUUUUAUUUGUCUUAAUUAAACUCAUCAGUGGGUAUACA